AUGAUGAAGUCCUUCUUCAGCGCCGCGGCGCUCCUGCUUGGCCUCGUCGCACCCAGCGCCGUCCUGGCCGCACCUUCUCUCCCGGGCGUGCCCCGUGAGGUCACUCGUGAUCUUCUUCGUCCCGUCGAAGAGAGGCAGUCUUCGUGCCACACUGCCGCCAACCGUGCUUGCUGGGCCCCUGGUUUUGAUAUCAACACGGACUACGAAGUCAGCACUCCCAACACCGGAGUCACACGCACCUAUACUCUGACCUUGACCGAAGUUGACAACUGGCUCGGUCCUGAUGGCGUGGUUAAGCAGAAGGUCAUGCUUGUCAAUGGUGACAUCUUUGGGCCUACCAUUACUGCUAACUGGGGUGAUUGGAUUCAAGUCAAUGUCAUCAACAAUCUCAGGACUAAUGGCACCUCUAUUCAUUGGCACGGUCUCCACCAGAAAGGAACAAACAUGCACGAUGGUGCCAACGGUGUCACCGAAUGCCCUAUCCCGCCCAAGGGAGGCAGCCGCAUCUACAGGUUCCGCGCUCAGCAAUAUGGCACCAGUUGGUACCACUCGCAUUUCUCGGCCCAAUACGGCAACGGCGUCGUUGGCACCAUCGUGGUCAAUGGUCCUGCUUCGGUUCCCUACGAUAUCGAUCUUGGUGUCUUCCCCAUCACCGACUACUACCACAAGCCGGCUGAUGUCCUGGUUGAGGAAACCAUGAAUGGCGGUCCCCCUCCCAGUGACACUGUUCUCUUCAAAGGGCACGGAAAGAAUCCCCAGACCGGCGCUGGUAAAUUUGCCAAUGUCACGCUCACCCCCGGCAAGCGUCAUCGUCUCCGCAUCAUCAACACCUCGACCCACGAUCACUUCCAGCUGAAGCUCCAGAAUCACACCAUGACCAUCAUUGCCGCCGACAUGGUUCCCGUUCAGGCCCAGACUGUUGACAGUCUCUUCCUUGCCGUUGGCCAGCGCUACGAUGUCACUAUUGACGCCAACAAGAGUGUUGGGAACUAUUGGUUCAACGCCACCUUUGGCGGCGGUCUUGCCUGCGGUGCUUCGCUCAAUCCUCACCCGGCUGCGGUCUUCCGCUACCAGGGAGCUCCUAACACUCUCCCGACCAACAUUGGCACUCCUGCUGCUGAUGCCAACUGCAUGGACCUCAACAACUUGACACCUGUUGUCUCCCGCAGCGUUCCUACUAGUGGCUUCACUCCCCGCCCUAACAACACUCUACCCGUCUCCUUGACCCUCGGCGGCACACCCCUCUUUGUCUGGAAGGUCAAUGGCAGCUCCAUUAAUGUCGACUGGGACAAACCGAUUGUUGACUACGUCAUUGCCCAAAACACCAGCUAUCCUCCUCAAGCCAACGUCAUCACCGUCAACAGCGUCAACCAGUGGACUUACUGGCUCAUCGAGAACGACCCUACCGGCCCCUUCAGCAUUCCGCACCCGAUGCAUCUUCACGGUCAUGAUUUCCUCGUCGUCGGCCGCUCCCCCGACCAACCGGCCGGCGUUCCUCAGACACGCUACCGCUUCAAUCCCGCCACUGACAUGGCCCUGCUCAAGAGCUCCAACCCGGUCCGUCGCGACGUCGCCAUGCUUCCCGCCAACGGAUGGCUGCUCAUCGCCUUCAAGUCUGACAACCCCGGUGCUUGGCUUUUCCACUGCCACAUUGCCUGGCACGUGUCUGGCGGUUUGUCGGUGCAGUAUCUCGAGCGCCCCAAUGACUUGCGCAACGGUUUCAGCCAGGCGGACAAGAACCAGCACAACAACAACUGCAAUGCCUGGAGGGCAUACUGGCCUACUAACCCCUUCCCCAAGAUCGAUUCUGGGUUGAAGGUCAAGAAGUGGGUUGGUGAGCAUCCUGAUUGGUAUAUCAAGAACUAA